AGCUGUGCACUGGAAAUGCACGCACAAUUAGAGGCAGCGAUGAAAAUCCAUGGCGCCUCUGUUGCACACACACAGUGACACACACACGCAGUGCAUUACACCUGUGCAUGCUCACAAGACACACACACUCGUACCCUUUCGUUCUUCGCGGAUGCGGAAAAGAGCACGCAACAUCAAAGUGGUUGACAUUUGUUUCAUCUCUCAAAAAAGGCGCGUAACAUACGGAGCUUUAUAUACAAUUAUUACCCUACUAAAGAAAAACAUGGCAUCUUUUCGACAGAUUUUCUCCGUCCUUGCCCUCUCCUUACUGACGCUAUGUCAGGUUUUUGGAGCCAAUACGAGGGAGGAAUGGAUAGCAGCUUUGUCGAGAUUACCACUGCUUGAAGACAGGUAUGAAAAUGCUUUACAGAACACUAUCGAGGAGGAGGAGGAGGUACUAGAGAAUGGCGGAGAAGGUGAUGGUGUUUAUCCCGCGCCUCUAUAUUUCAGCUAUGAUAAUUCAUUUAUGGAACAAUUUGAUGAUGGCUCAUACCAGUCAUCUUCGUCAUCAUCUUCAUUGUCUGAGGAUCGACCUGAAAAUGGAACAACAGAUUUACGAAUGCCCAACGUGCAUCCUGAAAAGGCAAAUGACUACUUUUGCUACUCGGUACAGAUGUCACCGCGGAAAGACGUUAACAUUGGUAAGUUCAUGUUCUGUUCGGAUUAUUUUUAACAUGUGAUAAGGACAAUGCAAAGGGCGAACAUGUCAAAGAAACAUUUUGGAUUUUAUUAUUACUUUGUAUGAUGAGUAGUGGAGGCGUUUUUAAUCAUUAAAUUACUUUU